AAGUGCAGUGAUCACCAACUCCACAUCAUCAGCUCCACUUUCCAUUAUAUACUACUCCAACUAUAUAUACCCUUCUUGAAUACAGUAUGCUCACCAAGAUUCAUAUCAACUCUUCUCAACUUUUUGCUUCCAAAUGGCUCACCUUUUUAUGCUCACCUCUAAAAUUCUCAACUCUAUCAUUUGCUUGUUGCUGCUAGCCACCACCUUCGCUAGCUCCGCAAGAAUUCUUGAUGAAAUAACCCCGUCAGUCCCCCUUUCAGUUGAUGCGCCGGACACCUCGGAUCCUAUACCGGAGACUGACAACCCUAAUGUUGCACCUGCGGUGCCACCCACCACCACCACCCUGCCCAGUGGCCAAUUUCCAGCCACCGACACUGUUCCCACCACUGAUUUGGCACCCGUUGUCCCAACAGAACCUGCAGCACCUCUCGUAGCACCGGGUCCCCACGUUCCACCAGUCACAACCCCAGUCACUACACCAUCUAGUGGAGCUGCUGCCACCUCUGCUACGACGCCAGCUGCAACCUCCGGUGAUCCCUCCACAUUUUCCUUCUUCAUGCACGACAUCCUUGGAGGGUCCCAGCCCUCAGGUCGAGUAGUCGCUGGUAUCGUGGCUAACUCCAAUGCCAACAACCUCCCCUUCUCCAAGCCCAACAACCAAAUCUUCCCCAUUAAUGGCGGUGUUCCUCUCAACACCAUCAACGGCGUCAUCAACAACAACAACUACCCAUUCCUCGUCGGCCUCAAUGGCUCUCCUACCAACACCCUCGUCCAAAGCAACGGCAACAACGUGGUAACCGACAACAACAACCAAGCCUUUGUUACAGCAGGACAACUCCCACAAGGCCUGACAAUCCAACAACUCAUGUUUGGGUCGGUAACAGUGGUCGACAAUGAGAUAACAGAAGGGCACGAGCUGGGAACAGGAGUGCUCGGAAAAGCUCAAGGCUUUUACAUCACAAGCUCAACAGACGGCAGCAGCCACACACUGGUGCUGACUGCGUUAUUCCACGGGGGCGAUCAUCAUGAGAUUGUGGACACAAUAAGCUUCUUCGGGGUACACAGAACUGCCACUCCGAUGUCCCACAUUGCAGUAGUUGGAGGAACAGGGAAGUACGAGAAUGCAAAAGGGUAUGCUACAAUUGAGACACUUCCUCAUGUGGAUCAGCAUACAACUGAUGGUGUGGAAACGAUCACGCACUUCACUGUUUAUCUGACCACCUAGAGGGAUUUCAUCAGUUGUUUAGUCCUAUAAACUGUUAUGUUGUGUUACUGCUUAUUAUUAGUUUGUCGUGUGAUUUGCGUGUAAGUCGAAGUUGUCAGUUCAUCAGCUCUUCUUCUGCUUGC